AUGGCACCCACAGCACCUACGGCAUCGUCCUCGUCAAGGUCCAAGCCACUUCCUAAGAAAUCCGAGGCCGCACCUAGUACCAGUGCAGCGACGAGAGUCACCCGACUUCGAGCGGCAAAAGAGUCAACGGCCAGUCCAGCAACUGGAUUAUACAAGAUGGCACCUGCACCCACACCCAGAACUCCUGGACUUCUCGCGAAGGGAAAAGAGGGCUUUAGGAAAGUAUCGGGAAAGAUUGGUAACAAGGAUAAAGAACUGAUGGCCAAGAAAGUCGUGAAUGAGCAUGAACCAGCAAAUUAUUCAGAGAGUCUUCAGGCAUAUCUUCGUAUCAGACCUUCACCAGCAGAUUCAGACGGAACGAGUUCUUCCCGGCCAUACCUUGAAAUUCAGUCAGAAACAGAUGUUUUGAUGCGCGCACCUUCUGAUCAAUCACGUCAUCAUAUACCUAAACCACCACACAUAUUCUCAUUCGACCGAGUCUUCCCACCCACGACGCCCCAAUCAUCAUUCUUCACCACCACCACGCUCCCACUUGUAGAAAAGCUGCUCCAGGGUGAGAAUGGUCUACUGUUCGCUUACGGAGUCAGCAAUAGUGGUAAAAGUUAUACGAUCCAAGGUGGAUCAACUCAUUCUGCGACAGACAGAGGGGUAUUACCUAGAUCAAUCGAUGUAGUAUUCAACUCUAUUGAAGGAUUAGAAAGUGACGCUAAUCUGAAACCUCAAGGAUUGGCUGAUGUUGUAUUGAGUAACGAGAAGGAUGAUCCAAUCAUGCUCAAUGAUCCGCUUGCUGUCAAUGAACCUAAAAUCGAAGACAGCGUCAAAAUCGAUAGGAAUUUUUCUUACGCUGUUUUCGUAUCUUACGCGGAAGUGUACAACGAGAAGAUCUUCGACCUCCUUGAUUCUGUUCUGCCUUCAACGCCAUCCACGCCCGGUCUCACUCGAGCGCGAGCUACCAAUACUGGAUUACCUCGAGCAUCCAAUACUUUCGGAUUUUCUGGAGCAUUGAACUCCUCUUUCAACCUCGCUGCCAUGGCCAACGGCGGUGGUGGAAUACUCCGACGACACGCAUUGUCGCUGAAGAAUGAUCCUGAAGGAAACGGUAAAUACAUCGCAGGACUCAAGGAUGUCAGAGUCAGGACGAGAGAGGAAGCUUUGGCCGUGUUCCGAUCUGGUCAAAGGGCUCGACGAGUAUUCGGGACUAUUGCCAACCGAGAGUCCUCAAGAUCUCACGGUAUAUUCACCAUUAAAGUAGUGAGAAUCCAUAAUGGAGCACCUGAAGAUCCAGAUUCCGCUCAGGUAUCGAGACUUGCCAUAGUCGAUUUAGCAGGAUCCGAGAGAACUCGAAAUACACAAACUACAGGCGAUCGAUUGAAGGAAGCUGGAAACAUUAACAAAUCAUUGAUGGUGCUUGGACAAUGUUUGGAGGUGCUGAGAGCAAAUCAACAAAAGAUGAAUGGCUCAACCACCCCUGGAGCGAAAAAGAAAUUUGCUGUAGUACCGUUCAGGCAUUCUAAGCUAACAGAGAUAUUCCAAAACUUCUUUGUUGGCGAUGGAAGAGCGGUUAUCAUCGUAAAUGUCAAUCCGUACGAUACAGGCUUUGAUGAAAAUUCCCACGUUAUGCGAUUCUCAGCUAUAGCAAGGGAAAUACAAACCACUGCUUCAAACAAAGUUGGAUUCCCUCUUCUGAAGCGACAAAUCAGUACACAAAUCUCAGCCUUUAAGCAUGCUGUCAGUGGACCUAUGAAGAUCAAGGUCACUGUACCUGUCUUACCGAAACCAGAGCUAGAAGAUGGAAGGAAAUUAGCUAUGGACAGGGAGAGUCAAGGAUUUGUCAUGGUUGAAGAAGAGUUGGAAGUCGUCGAGGAAAGCGAGCAAGGUGAAAGUGACGAGGAAGAGGGUCAAGAUGCAUUGGUAGAAUACUUGUUCGAACAGUUGAAAGAAAUGAAAAGUCGGCUAUAUGAAUCGGAAAUGAGAAACGCUUCGAUAGAAGUUGAGGUUAGAGAGGAAGUAGCUAAAGAAAUGCAAGAGUCGUUACAGAAAAUGCAUAAUGACUUCGGUCGUCAGUUGAAUGAACAGGUCGCUGCGAACGAGCUCAAGACAGAUAGAAAGAUUGAUAUAGUCACUCGAACGAUGACGCCUGCUGUUCCUCGCAUCGCUCAAUAUCGGCCUGCCUCUGCGACCUCAUCUAGAGAAGAUAUCACACAAGAUACUUCUGUGGGGGAUGAAAGCUUCGAAUCUGCCAUUGAUGCUUCUUUGAUGACUACAGGUGACGACUCGAUGCUGUCUCAGGAGUCCGAUCCUUUCCUUGUCAGAUCUUCUGGUAUACCUCAAAUCACUGUCACCAGGGAAUCAUUUGAACCCUCAAGGCCACAGAUCGUUGACCCAGAUACAACUAUGGAGGCGGACACUAGUCGUGAAGAGGAGGAGGAAGAAGAAGAAGAGGGAGACGAGGAAACUACCAAAGAAGAGAUUGAGCUUGAUUCUGAGGUGGAUGAUGACGAUGUCGAAGCUGUUAGACCAAUCGCCAUCGUCAUCAGCUCAGACGAGGAGAGUAUCAUCAAUACGGACGAGGACAUGGAUGAAGAAGAUGCGACAGGAGACGAAGAAGAAGGAGAAGACGGUGAGGAAGAUGACGAAGAUGAUGCGGAUGAAGAAGAGGUCGACUCUGGCGAAUCAGCAUUCACUCUAUCUGAUCAAGAAGAUUUGGAUCAAAGUGACGAAGAUAGUGAAGACUCUUCACCCGUUAGGAGGGCAUCAAGUAGACGAAGAGUCACUGGAAGUCCGACAAAGCCAAGGGUGUCAUCGCCAGUGAAAAAAGCCUCCACUUCAGCCAAAACUCCCGCCAAGAAGGUGACUUCGCUAAAAACUGAAUCAGACAAGGUGAACGGAUCCAAUAAAAAGGCUUCGACCCCAACUAGAGAUGCACAAGUUGUAGAACCCCUUACUCCUGGACCACUGAGUGAAAGGGUCAGUCAACUACAGUUAUCUGAAGACGAAGAGGACUUACCAGUCAAGACAACGACUAAGAAGAAGAGGACACUGGGAAAAAAAGUGGUCACUGAAGAUGAGAUGAUCCAUGCUGAUAAUGUAAGGAUGAGUGUAGCUGGAGCUGAAGUCAGGAGGAUGAUCAGGAGUUGA